GCUACGAAGAGAUCGUGGCGCUGGAGCAAGCCGAGGAUCGCAUCGUCAAGCUGGAAGACGAAAACGCCAGCCUGCGCGAACUGGUGGAGGACAUGAGGGCGGCUUUGCAGAGCAGCGAUGCCCGGUGCUUGGCGCUCCAGGUGGGAUUGUGGAAGAGCCAUGCACAGCAUAAGAAAAAUGGGACUUGCUUUAUAGGCAGCCGGAGACAACAGGUUAACAAUAGAUUUCAGACUUCCAAGUGCCUUCAGAGUGUUCUAAAAGAAGUUGAAUUAAUCCGAACUUCUAGAGAUGGACAAAUUGAAGAAGCAAUUAAGUUUAACCAAGAACUGGAAAAAGAACUAAGGAAUUCUCACGAAGCCCUCAUAGCCCUGGAAGAUUGCAACCACAGUUUAAAAAGGGAGCAGGCAGAAAUGAGGAAGAAAGUUGAAGAAGCAAGAUGUGUUAUCCUUAACAGCCUUGGAAAAGUAAAGGAGCUAGAAACUAAAGCCCAUAAAGUGUCCCAACUGCAGAUCUAUAUCCAGCAGCUAGAAUCUCAGCUGCAAUAUUAUAGAUCAGAGGUCUUAAAGUGCCCAGUUCCUUCACAAAGCAACUCAGAACAGAAGACAAACGUACCUCUGGAAGGACAAGAUAGCUUAUCACUUACCCAGCAAGAUAGACGUUCACCAACUGGUGGUGCAGGAGUAUUGGAAAAUGUGGAAGAUCAGAUGUUUCGUUCUGUGGAAGGCCAGGCUGCAUCUGAUGAAGAGGAAGAGAAAUGGAUAGGUGACCAGCAAUCCCAAAUGGCUGAAGUAAAGAAACUCCUAGCUAGAUUUCCUUGUUGCAAUAGCGGAUGUGAUGACACAACGCUGAAGCAACUGAGGUCAUCCUUUGGAAACCCCAGUAGCUGUGGCCAUGAAAAUUCUCUGGUGGAAUUAGCCCAACAACUCUCCAAAUUAAAAGAAGACUUUCAAAUGAAAGGUCAGGAAGAGAAAGCUCUGGAGAUAAAUGUGGAAGAGGUCAUUCAUAAAGAUGGCUUUGGAACAAAAGAAGCCCAAGUGUUGCAAUAA